AUGUCCAAGGCAACGUCACGCAAGCGCGCCGCCGCAAACGAUUACGAAUCGGAUGGUGGCUUCGUUGAAGACGCGCCAAAGAGCAAGAAGAGCAAGGGCAGCAAUGCGAAAGGGGCAGUAGACUUGCAGCAGAAGAAGGAUGACGAUGGCAAUGCCUACUGGGAUGUACGUGCUUUCGCUCAAAAGCAGUGGAAUGGAGUUGCUGACUAUGUUAGCUUUCUGGCACGCGAAGGCUCGGAGUAUCCCACUACAAGGGCAACACUCUGAUCAACAUCAGGGAGUACUAUGACAAGGACGGCAAGAUGAUGCCUGGCAGAAAGGUUUGUGCCUUCUGAGGCAGUGAACUAGCGUCGAAGCCACGGACGAUCUGACUCUGCACAGGGGAUCUCGAUUACUAUCGACCAGUUCAACGCUUUCCUCCAAGUCCUUCCACAAGUUGAGAGUGUCCUGGCCGCGAACGAUAUCAACGUUCUGCGCCCCCAGGUCGAUCAACAAGCUAGCUCCGAGGCUGCUGGGAAUGAGGACGAGAAGGAGGCAGCGGAGGACGAAGACGACCAGGACGCCGCUGCCCAUGAAACGGUGUCAAAGAAGCUAGACAAAUUCCGCCACAAGCAGAAUCACGAGGCUACGAGCGACGAGGACGAGUGA